UCGAAUGCCUGAUGAAGAUGAAAUAAAAAUAUAUAAGCUCUUUUUAAAAAAAAUAUUGUCUGUUUUAUGGAAAUCCUGUGCCAUCUUCAUGCCACGAUACUUCAGGGAAAAGUUUUGUUUAUGAAGUUGCUAUUGGCAACUACGCAAAAAUAAAUUCUUGUUGACAGUUCUGUUUCGUGAAGUAAUUUUGAAUAUUUAAAGAUUGAUCAAAAUGGUGCUCUUUGCACAUUAAAACAUGUUUUAGGAACUUUUCCUUCCUACGGCUAUUUCAAAACAUAUGCCAUGUUCAAAUUUAAAGGAGGUAAGCCUCAGCAGUCAAGUACAGAACUUGCUAAAUCUGUUGAAGAUUUUUUUACUUUUUCUAAAAUUGCUACUUUAGGAUUUCCUUACAAACCAACAGCAUUAGCAUGGGAUUCUUGUCUAUGUUUGAUGGCAAUUGGAACCCAGCAUGGCAAUAUUCGAAUAUAUGGAGCACCUGGUGUACAGUUCUGCGGAAAUUUGAGGCAGAAGUUGUCUAUAGUAGAGUUAUUAUUUAUACCUAGAAAGGCUCGUCUUAUUUGCUUGUGUUCUGACAAUAGUCUUCAUUUAUGGGAACUUAAUGAGCAAAAUGGACUGUGGAAGUUAGAAGAAGUAAAGUCUUUUGUCCUCACUGGCUUGUAAGUUAUUUUAGUUUUAAAAUAUAGGGUGUCCCAUAAGUCUGUCAAAACAUUUUUGAUUAUUUGUUUUCAGAAUGAUGUUUAUGUCUAUGAGUGAGUGCAUUGUGGUGCAUAAUUUUGAUACCAUCGGGUUUUUGCCUUUGGAAUCAUUAAUUGUCUUUAUGUGCUUCCAAGGAGAUGCCUAGUCUGCAUCAAUUAGAAGAAGGAUUUGUCUGCA